AUGGAGUCGAUAGCAGUUACAAAUUCGGAUCCAGACAUUUUCGAUCCAAAGGAGAAGCAGAAGGCGAUCUAUUUAUAUUACGAUUCUCAAUACAGCGAUGAGGCACAGGACAUCUAUUCAGAGGAAUGGCAGGAGCGUAUACUGUACUGGCACCAGAAGGCGAUCGACAGUGCAGCGACGACGCUGAGGUCGGAAGAGAACCUCGAGAAGUUGGAUUUCGGAGGGUUCUUCUUGGCCCAUCCUAUCCCGGCAUUUUCUCUCUGGCAGCUUCUCCAGGCGUGUUACGAACUCGAUGUGGCUGUUUGUGGGAACAGCAAGGGGGAUCUGGAUGAGAUCGAGUCCUGGCAGAAGAUGAACCCAUUCAAGUAUCUCCGGGACCAUAGCGUCCAGGACAAAUGGCGGGCAUCUUUGGAGCUUUUCAAGGCGCAAAUAAAGGCGAAGAGCGAGGAUAUGGAUGUCCAGGAGGAGAGUUGGGAGUUGAGGAUGCAUGAGAUUCUCAUCGGUGUAGAGAAGUUCGAAACGGCGUUCGAAUCUCUGCAGGAGAACUUCAAGGCCAAUCUUGCCAGGCAGAGGUUUGCAGACUGGAUGAUAGCAAGGAUCGACGAGGAUAUCGGAAAACGAUUCUCCAUGAUCCAUCAACUGUUGGAGGUCAAGGAGAGUGAACUCGCGGGCAUAAAUCCUGCAGAGGAGAACGACGAGCCAGGUCCUUUGGACCCUGCGGCACCAGAUUUUCAUGUUGCAUUUGAAGCUCCUAAACCCAAAAAGAGGUGGUCUUUUAAGAAGAAUCAAGAUAACCCACGGAGGCCGUCUGAACGAUGUCGAUACCCAAAUCUCUGA